AGAUUCAUCACUACCCACAAACCAAAACACACAGCAAAUUAACCAUCAUGGACGCAAGAUCAUCACGAGUUACAUUCGAGGAUUUUGAACCAGUAUGGGAAUUGACACAAGAGAAAGAUUGCGACACUCUUAUCCUCUACCUCCCUGGUUUUAGAAAGGAGCAAAUAAGGGUUCAACUGAUCAAAGCUCGCCUUCUGAGGGUCUCCGGAGAGCGGCCUCUUGACAACAACAAAUGGGGCAGAUUCAGCAAGGACUUUAGUUUUCCCUCAAACUGUGAUACUACUAAAGUGGCAGCUAAGUUUGAUAAUGGAAUGCUGUAUGUUAGACAGCCUAAGAUAAUCACCCAAGAAGAGCAGCAGGAAACGGAGAAACCUGCAGCCAGGGAGGAGAAACCAGCCAGAGAGGCUCCGAGGCCUGCAGCGCCUAUGGCUGAUUCACAAGCCAUGGAAGAGAAACAGCCUAGAGAUCAGACCCCAAAGCUUCCAACACCCUCUCAGGAGCCACAAGCAAACGGGAAGGAGUUGGAAAACGCAAACAGUGCCUCCCAAAGUUCGCCAGUGAAACAGAAACAGAAACAGAGCAAUGUGAAGGGGGUGAAAACUGUCCCAAGUGAUACAAAUGGAAAGACGGAUGCCCCAGCCGACGCCGAUAAUCUUUCUCAAAAGGCUUUGGAGGGGUUGAAGGCUAGUGCUGACUGGCUAGCUGAAACAGCAAAGGCUAUGAGCACAGUAGGAGAAAAGCAAGAAAAUGUCAGCGACACCAUCAACAAUGCUGCAGUGAUGGAGGAAGCUGAGCAAAAUCUGAGUGGAGGUAUUCGAUCGACACGGGAGUACUAUAAGCAGGUUGUUAAUGGUCUAUUGGUGGAGCUAAGGAAUCGAAGAAGGCAAGUCAACUUGAUUGCAAUUGUUCUUUUAGCUCUGCUAUUUGGGCAUUAUGUUAAAAAUUACAUUGGCUCUUCCAAGGAAUCAGAAAACUGACUCCUGCAAUGUCUUUGAAGAGCGUAUGUAUCAUCUGGGCAAUGCAUGUAUUUGCAAAUGUGUAGUGAAUAAAGGGAGUUGCACAAUUCAGUGCUUCCAUAUUCAA